UAAAAGGUCUGGUUCAAACCAGAAGAUAACAGAACAACACUAUCACGAUUUAAUGUUGUUAUAGUCACUUGCCGUUUGGCUUAGGCAUAAGCUAGUCAUAUUGGGAUCAGAGUUAACUGUGCUCCAAAAUUUAAUUGAAUCAGUCACAGAUAUUAACUAUAUCAAGCUUCAGCCAAUUGUUUGUGAUUGAGUUUUAAUAAAGAACAGGUGCUGCUGUUGCUUCUUGAAUUGUGCUGUGCUUUCACGAAUUCAAAACUUUUUCUAAUUUAAUAUGAAGUUUUCACUGAACAUCAAUUCAGUUAAUUCGAACCCAAUGGUGAACAUUUUAUUAAAUUUUUUGUCGCGCGUAUUCGAGUAACGUGCGGUGCGUUUAUCUAACAACAUCGCGCGGGAUAUAUAAACUUAAAAACAACUGCCAAUUAAUGAAUAGAAUUAACGUUGUCAAUUAACAGACAAAUUGUUCGCGUGGAACUACGCUCUGUGUACCUACAUCGUUAAUCGGAAAUGAUUUUUUAAUUAACAAUUGUUUUAAACAGCCUCACGUUGGAUUUCAAGGGUGUAGGGGCGUUGGGCGCUUCGUCAGCCCACGCAUCCGACGAACUUUCCCAUCAACAAUUUAACAUUUUUCCGGCGAUAUUCAGCCGGCAAUUAAACUUUAAUACCUGCCCGCAAAAAUCUAUGAUGGACGAUUUAAGACCGAACCUCGUCGGUGUCGGCAAUUUACUAGGCGUUUCGGGCCUAUUAGACGACCAUCACGGACAUCUAAUGAGCGGUAGUACGAACGGUGAUAAAGGAACUCCAAGAAAGUGCAAUACUAGUGGAUCGUCCGCCGAGGACUUUACAGCUUUAUAUGGUGCUUUACCGCAUUCGCACGACCAUCAUGCUCACACACCGGCACAUACGCCGCCGUCCGCAACCAGAUCUAUUACGGAUCAUUCAGAUGGAGCGUUUAAGAAGUUAAAACCGGAACCGGUCACUUCGGGUAGUAGCGGUAGUUUAGGUACUGUAACUCCUCCGGGAGGUCCACAACAUGCAGGUCACACACCAACGACGGCAUCGUGCCCCACGCCGGCCAGACGAAGACAUAGGACCACGUUUACGCAAGAACAAUUAGCCGAAUUGGAGGCAGCAUUCGCGAAGAGCCACUAUCCCGAUAUUUACUGUCGAGAAGAAUUAGCGAGAAGUACCAAAUUAAACGAGGCGCGAAUACAAGUAUGGUUUCAAAAUAGAAGGGCGAAAUAUAGGAAGCAGGAGAAACAAUUACAGAAAGCUCUCGCGCCGUCGGUCCUUCCAGGAUGUAAUGGCGCAAUGAUGCGAAAUAUUUAUCCCGGUGCUGCCAGAGGAUAUCAGCCUUAUCCGCAUCCAACGGCGAUUAAUAGAUAUCCACAGAUGACCACAAGUUCAUACCCCGGAAUGGGCCAGUCAUUCUCAAUGACCCACAGUACCAACAUGUCAACCGUUGCGGGAAUGAGACAGGACGCCGUAGGAAUGACGGCGGAAGACGAGUGGUAUAACAAAAGUUUGUCAGCUUUAAGAAUGAACACAACGCAUCACCCGAACUUGGCCGCCCCAAUGCUACAAUAUCAAACGUAAUGUUCAGACUGGUCCACAAUGUUUAUAAAUACCUCUCACUAAAUUUUGGCCAAUAAAAGGUAUCGUUCUUAACUAGAUAUGCUUUCAUCUUUAAAGGAUUAUAGAUAUUUCCGACAACGAGCCAAAAAAAUCAUCAGCCAUCGCGUGCUUGUCACAAAUUUUAAGUUCCUUACUUUCCUCAAACUGGGAAAGCCACCUUUGUAAAUUGUGUGUAAUUGUUAGUGUAAGUAUUAUUUUAUACAUGUAUUUAUGAAAUAGACGACAUACAAAAGAGAAUCUUUUACCUUCAUUAAUGUGCUAGAGUAUUAUACUCGAAGUUUAUUAUUUAUAAUGAAAACUAGUAAAAAUUCUAGACAUACGC